UGUCGCAACCCGUCUCGGUUUUCUCACCCAUUUCUCCACAAUAUAAUCCUAAUUCUCUCUCCCUAGGGUUCCUCUCUCCCCCAAUUCUGUAAUGGAGGGCGUUUCACUGCUCUGAUUGUCCAGAUUCUGCCCCAAAUUUUACAAAGGUUGGGUUUUUCCUCUUCAAUUCAGCUCUUGGAUGAAAUUGAGCUUCUGCAUGCCAUAAGGAGUUGAUUAUUGCUUUGGAGGUUUGAUUGUUUGUGAAAUAUUGUUCAUUGUUUUUUGGGGGGCAAAUGUUUGCUACCAACAUGGAUUCGGCACGAGAUGUCGGUGGAGCUCAGAGCACAGUGUUGAUCCCAAUGCGGUUUGUGUGGCCUUAUGGUGGCAGGACUGUGUUCCUCAGUGGUUCCUUUGCACGCAGGUGGUCCGAGCUGGUUCCUAUGACGCCGGUUGAGGGUUGUCCAACAGUGUUUCAGGCCAUUUAUAACGUUACUCCCGGUAUUCACCAGUACAAAUUUUUUGUUGAUGGGGAAUGGCGACACGAUGAACACCAACCCUACGCAAAUGGUGAAUAUGGGUUAGUGAACACCAUGGUCUUGGCUACCGACCCUAAUUUCUUUCAACCAAAUGUAUCUUCAGAGAUGACUCCUGGAUCUCACAUGGAAGAAGACACUGAGGCCUUCAGGCGUUUGGUCCAGAUUACAGAUGGUACAUCUGAUGUUGUACCAAGGAUGUCAGAGGCUGAUGUGCAGGGAUCCCGUCAUCGAGUUUCUGUCUUCUUGUCUACACACACAACUUAUGAACUACUUCCAGAGUCAGGCAAGGUUGUCGCAUUGGAUGUUGAUUUACCUGUGAAGCAAGCAUUUCACAUAUUGCAUGAGCAGGGGAUCCCUAUGGCACCACUGUGGGACUUCUGCAAGGGACAAUUUGUUGGAGUUCUUAGCGCAUCGGAUUUUAUAUUAAUAUUGAGAGAGCUUGGGAAUCAUGGGUCGAAUCUGACAGAGGAAGAACUUGAAACACAUACCAUAGCUGCUUGGAAAGAAGGAAAAGCAUAUCUGAAUGGGCAAAUCGAUGGUCAUGGGAGAGCAUUGCCGCGACGUCUCAUCCAUGCCGGACCAUAUGAUAACUUGAAAGAUCUUGCUUUGAAGUUUUUGCAAAAUGAUGUGGCUACUGUUCCAAUUAUCCAUUCAUCUUCAGAAGAUGGCUCAUUUCCGCAGCUAUUACACCUUGCUUCACUGUCUGGUAUCUUAAAAUGUGUUUGCAGAUAUUUUAGGCAUUGUUCUAGCUCAUUGCCCAUUCUCCAAGCACCGAUAUGUGCACUUCCUGUGGGUACUUGGGUUCCAGAAAUUGGAGAGUCGAAUCGCCGGCCAUUAGCAAUGUUGAGGCCGAGUGCUUCACUUAGUGCAGCUUUAAAUCUAUUAGUUCAAGCUCAAGUAAGUUCAAUACCUGUAGUUGAUGACAACGACUCUUUGCUGGAUAUAUAUUGUCGGAGUGACAUUACAGCUCUGGCUAAAGAUAGAGCAUAUGCACAUAUUAAUCUCAAUGAAAUGACCAUUCAACAGGCGUUGCAGCUGGGACAAGACUCAUACUCUCCUUUUGAGCAGAGAAGUCAGAGAUGUCAGAUGUGUUUACGCUCUGAUUCGCUUCAUAAAGUGAUGGAGAGAUUAGCCAAUCCAGGUGUAAGGAGACUUGUCAUUGUUGAAGCUGGCAGUAAGCGGGUUGAAGGCAUUGUUUCACUAAGUGACAUUUUCAAGUUCUUGCUUGGUUAGCCCAGUAAUGGAUGAUAAAAUUGGAAGGUGUUUGUUCAGCAGUACUCAAUUGCAGACAUGCUCGAUAAGCACACUAGCUCUACCCAACUGUUGAUUAGAGAAUCCAGUACUUCACACAGUGACUUGAUUUGGUAUCAUUGAAACUACAUUGGUUUGGCCUUGCUUCGCCUGGUGUUUUAGGAAUUUAGGCAAUAGGAGAGAGGCCUGUAAGUUCAAGGAAUUUAUUCCCCUCUAAAAUUUGUUGAUCUCCUCCCGUCCGUCAUUGAUUAUAUAUUAUGCGUCUGAUGUAGAUGUGAUGGUACUGAAUAGCAGGGUCACUGUAUUAGUUUCUGUUCAAGUAGGGGAAAAGAUUGCAACAAUUGUUGGGUGGGGGGAGGAAUGUUCAACUGAAGUUAUUAUGUGCUAUUCUUACUCGUUGACAUGUAAUUGGCUUUUUGGUUCUUUUUAUCCUUGUGGUUUGAUCUUCAAACAUUGUAAGUAGCAGACGAACUGAGAAUUCAAUAAAGAACCAAUCAUGUUGUUGU